CACUGCCGCACGCUUGUCGCGCCGGAGCGAAGUAGAAAACGGACCGUCGCUGGAGAGCAGAGGAGAGAGGUGAAAAGAAACAAGGAAAGAAAGAGGAGCAAAAACAGGGGCGAACGAUGGUGUAAACGCAAACCGGUCCGAGUCGAGUCUGGAGGGGACGGAUGUGGAGGAGCGCCGCUGGAGGCUGUAGUUGGCUCCGGAGUCACUGUUAGAAGUCCGAAAACUCCCGCUUUUUGAUGCUGUCCGCACGGAGGUCUGAGCCAAUAACGGACUUAUUGGUCGGCUGAACCAUGCAGAGGCUGCUGCUCCUGAGUUUGGCGUUCAGUCUCCACACCGCAGUGAGGACGGCGAGAUUCUCUCAGGAGCCGGCAGACCAGUCGGUGGUGCGGGGCCAGACGGUGAUCCUGUCCUGUGUUGUCUUCAACUACUCUGGCAUUGUUCAGUGGACCAAAGAUGGUCUGGCUCUGGGCAUCGGAGAGGACCUUCGGGCUUGGCCCCGGUACCGUGUGAUACGGGUCCAGGAGCUGGGUCAGUACAACCUGGAGAUCCUGUCGGCCGACCUGUCCGACGACGCCUUGUACGAGUGCCAGGCCCCCGACGCCGCUCUGAGGUCCAGAAGGGCCAAGCUCACUGUCCUGAUCCCUCCAGAUGACCCGGUGAUUGACGGAGGACCAGAGGUGCUGCUGAACGCAGGGGAGUCCUACAACCUUACGUGCGUGUCUCGCGGAGCUAAACCGCCUUCGAUGGUUGAGUGGAUGAAAGACGGGCUGCCGAUAGAGGGUGCUGUCAGUACCACUGAGGUGCUUUCAGACAGGAAGAGGGUGACCACGCGUAGCUACCUUCCCGUCCACCCCAUAGACACCGACACCGGGAGGAACUACAGCUGUGUGUCCACCAACCAGGCCGCUCCCUCUGGCAAGAGCACAACCGUCACCCUUAAUGUUCACCAUCCACCAACUGUGACCCUGUCCAUCGAACCGCGCUCUGUCCUAGAAGGGGACCGAGUCACCUUCACCUGCCAGGCUCACGCCAACCCUCCUAUUAUGGGCUACAGGUGGGCUAAAGGCGGCGUGGUGCUGCAGGGCGCCAGAGAGAGCGUGUUCACCACCAAGGCCGACCACUCCUUCUUCACCGAGCCCGUCUCCUGCUUGGUCUUCAACGCGGUGGGGAAGACCAACGUCAGCAUCCUGGUGGACGUUCACUUCGGCCCCAUCCUGCUGGUGGAACCGCAGCCCAAAACAGUCGACGUGGACUCUGAUGUCACCCUCAACUGCAAAUGGGCCGGAAACCCUCCACUCACCCUCACCUGGUUCAAGAAAGGAUCCAACAUGGUUCUGAGCAACAGCAACCAACUGUAUCUGAAGUCAGUGACCCAGGCGGACGCUGGCCAGUACGUGUGCAAAGCCAUCGUUCCGCGGAUCGGCGUAGGAGAGACCGAGGUCACGCUCACGGUCAACGGUCCACCCAUCAUCUCCAGUGAGCCUGUGCAGUACGCUGUGAGGGGGGAGAGAGGAGGCGUGAAAUGCUACAUAGCCAGUACACCCCCGCCAGAUAAGAUCGUGUGGGCGUGGAAGGAGAACGUGUGGGAGAAGGAGAAGGGCACUCUGCUAGAGAGGUACACAGUGGAGCAGAGCAAGCCAGCCGCUGAGGGCGGCGGCGUCCUCUCCACCCUCACCAUCAACAACGUGAUGGAGUCGGACUUCCUGUCUACCUACAACUGCACGGCCUGGAACGCGUUUGGCCCGGGCACCAUGAUCAUUACGCUGGAGGAGAACGAGGAGUUUCCAGUGGGGAUAGUAGCUGGCAGCACAGUGUGUUCCACCAUUGUCCUCCUCAUCUUCCUGCUCAUCCUUGUUCUCGUCUUCUACCGGCAGAGAAAAGGCAGUCGGCGUGGGGUCACGCUGGGUAAGCCCGACAUCAAGGUGGAGACGAUCACCAAGGAGACCCACAGCCUGGAGGAGGACUCCGGCAGCGUGUCCACGGCCUCGCGCAUGGUCAAGGCCAUGUACUCGUUUCUCCCUUCUGUGUCCUUCUCUCCCUCUAAUCAGCCUUUUAAAGAUGACAUAGAGCUCAAGUCGGACCUGCGCAGCGACACCCUGGACACCCGCCAGGAGUACGACCUAAAGGACCCCACUAACGGAUACUACAACGUGCGAGCUUCUACCCAGGACGAAGUCCACCCUGGGUCCCGUUCCACCUUGCACUACUCCGACUACCGCUCCCCUGCAGGAACGCCAGGCGGUGCGGCCUCCAUCAGUAGCAGCACCGGGGGCUCUGGAGCCACCGCCAGCGGAGGAGCCCCCGUCCCCCCAGGACCUCUCACCUCCCCCGGACGCCCGCAAGCCUGCUACGACCCCCGGCCGCCUUCCAGACUGUCUCACAUCAGCUAUGCCCAGUUCAACACGUUCACCCGCGGGGGUCAAAGCCAGCAGCCCCCCGCCAAUCCCGCCCCAGCGGCCACUGACUUCCCUGGUGACUGUAGCCUCCUGGACUCCACUUCCCAGCUGGCCUACGAUAACUACGGCUACCCUUCACACUACCAGACCUACCGCAUGGGCUUCGCACCUUCUAGCCUGGCCCCUCUGGAGGCCGGCCCCUCCUACGAGAUGUACGGUGUGGGGUCCGGGGUGCCAAGCCCGGGGGUCGGGGUCAGCCCCGGUGGCCCGGCUCCCUCCGGAUCAGAGACUGGGUUGGGGAAGUACGGCAGCUCCACCCGCUUCUCAUACACCUCGCAGCACUCUGACUACUCUCACAGCCGACACACACAACGGAUGCAGACUCACGUGUGAGAGUGAGACACACCGGACCCCUUCUGCCCCCUCCCACCCUCACAGUGUUAGCGGAGCAUAAAGAGGCAUCUUAUAAAUAGAGUCGCACCGAAAAACAUACACAUACACCCAUAAAUGUACAUGUCCUACUGGACACAAACACACAUAGACACACACGUGUGCACGCCCACACACAUACACACAGGCACAAAUCCUGAAAUCAUGCCGAAGAGAGAGAGGGAGAGAACACAGGGUGAAAAUGAAGGAUGUUUUAAAGAGACAGGGACGGGAAACUCUGAUUUCCCUCACUCCCAAUGUACGUAGACGCUAGCUCUGUGAGAGCGGACAGCGCAAGUCACAAUCAGGCCGAGAGAAGACGAGAACUUGCAGAUCCAAGGAGCCCCCACCCUGUUCCGAACUGACGUUGUAAAGCUGAGGGGGAGAAACCUUGGCCAGUGGGAGCCACGUCUGGCCGCCAUUUUUAAUUUUCUUUUAGCUGGUUGUCUUAUUCAGUGAUCAUAGAGCACAUAAACAGUAGUGUCCCAGAGAGCCCGUGUGUACAGUGCGGUCGGGCCCUGUUGGAGGGUAGUGGGGGGAGGGAGGGUGGUCGUCCAUCAUGUUGCACUUCGUCCACUGUAUUCAUCCUCUCAACUAUAUCUCUGUUGCGUCUUCUGUUUAUUUGCACACCAGACUAGAGCUUUGUAUUCUAUUUUUUAAACAUUACAGAAUUAUUUUUUUCAGCGUAAAACAUGUAUGUUAAUCGUGUACGAUGUUACGGACCAAACGGCGGAAACCGAGGGAAGAGCUGCCCCAGCGGCUGGAACCUGAACCCCACGCCCCCACCCCACUUUCCCGUUGUUAAAAAAAAAAGAAAAAAAAAAGGAAAACCUUGUGCCAAACGUUCGUGUUCCUCCGGACCACGUGUAUGCAGUAGACGCUCCUCCUGUCGGUGGAGACAUCGCUGUUUUUUUUGUUUUUUUUAACCACAAAGCCUGGUGCAGACGGGGGGGAUGAUGGGGUUUGGAGUGGCCUUAUGGGGGAGCGUGUCAUGCAUUUUCCAUUUUUGAAUCAUUCCUCAUUGUUUGCCAAAUCUGGCCGAAGGAGAGAGGUUUUAAUGAAGGCUUGUCCGCAGUAUUGACAUGUAUUAAAGCGUGUGAGCACGAGAGUGUGUGUGUGUGUGUGGUUGGGGGCUGGGGUUGCACACUUCCAUUUGUACAGUGUGUUUGUAUAGAAGCGUGAAUGAGCGUGCGUGUGUGUGUCUCAGUAUACGUCCAUAUCAUUUCUCACCAAGCCGUUCCAGUACUUUUAUACCUCUGGUAGGACUGUAACCUGUAUUAUCGUGUCUUUGAAUUUAGGAGAAUCCAAUGUUUAUCUUAUCGUACUGUUGGUAGCAGAAGACAGCUGUUCAAAAAGAUGUACGACAAACAUUAUCAAACUCUCAUUUUUUAAUUUCAUUAUCCUCAAUAUUUUUUAAAAAUGGUAUGUAAUUAUUUUUCCACAGUAUUACAUAAAUAAAAGCACUGUUUUUUAAGAAA